AUGGGGGAGACUUCCCCCUUGAGCAAGGCCGACAUCCUUCGCGCCCUGCCGGACGACGCCAAGACCGACGCUCAUCAGGAGGAGGGGGAUCUGCCCGCCAUCCCGACAAGGGGCAGGUCGUCGCUGGUCUCUCGAGAUGCUGCCUCCGCCUUGACACCGUCUGGAGCUGCCUCCGGCCCCUCCACUGCGCCGUCUUCUACUCCCGGAGCCCGUGUUUCCUCUCCUCAGGCUCCGAAGCUUUCGGGUUUCAGGCUCCCCAAGCGGAAGGUGGACUAUGUUGCGGUGGAUCAGCCGAUGCCUUCGGCGAAGAAAAGAAAGGAGGAUACAGCGGCCGUGCCCCCUUCUGUGGAGAAAGGAGGCGACAACACUCGCGCCUCCCCAGCCCGAUCGCCUCCGCGAGGCCAAGAGGUGCACCGUCGGGAGGAGUCAGCCCCCGUGGCCCCGCUGGCUCCGGAAGUGCCGGUGCCUGGCUCGGCUGAUGAGGUCCCGAUGGCUCUGGAGCCUUUGAUCUCCCAGGUUCUAGUGACAACGCCGCCCCCGCCUCCUGCUGCGCCCCUGGCCCCAGGUUCUUCUACUUCCUCUGCCGCCUUGGAGCGCGUUCUUUCGGAGAUGGCCCAGCUGUGGGAAGAUCUCCUAGGCGCGGACCCGCGCCUGGCUGCGGCGUCCUCCGAGAAGGAGAAGCAGGCCGCCGCCAAAGCUGCGGCCAAUCGCGAGGCGGCGCUGAAGGACGCCGAGGCCGCCCGCGACCACUGUCGAGAGCUGGAGGACGAGCUGAAGAGUCUGUGCGACCAGCUCGUAGGAGAAGUACGUAAUCGCCAGGUGAAGGAGGAGGAGAUGAGGGCCCGGGAGGACGCCAUUAAGGGCCGCGACGCCGAGCUGGCGAAGGCGCAGAGGAGAUCCAGCAUGGCGCUGAAGUCACUGUACGAGAAGGGCUUGGAGAAGCCGCUGACCACCAACGAGGAUGGCCCUACUGAGCUGCUUCUCCACUUGGUGAAGGCGCUCGAGGAAGUCGUGGAGGGCAUCGGUCCCAUGGCUGAGGCAGAGGCUCGUGUCCUUUCUUCAGCUGCACUGACGCGUGUGUUCAGCCAUCUGUACCUUCGUGACCCCAGUGCCCGUCUUGACGAGCUGCUGGAGCGUGUAGCUGACGAACACUGCACGGCUGCCGCCGCAGCCGUGAAAGGUCAAGUGGAGGCCCUGCUGAAGAAGUUCCGCGGUUUCGUCCUCGCACCCUCGAGCGGCGAUGCCACCGAUCCUGCGGCUCCAUCUGGCGGUGCAGGUGAAGGUGACGCUACCAAGGGAGGAGCGCCUUCCGCGGGUGAUGGCGGUGCCCAGGGGUGA